AUGGGGAGAGAGAAACCUCUCUCAGCCAUUGUGAUCACAAUUGGAUACUGCAUUAAAGUCAUCCAGAGCAAUGUGGUUAUCCAUUUCAAGACAGCUGUCCUCCAUUGUCCUAUUGGUAUUGCUGGGUUGUGUAUAUUUGCGAGAUCUCUCAUAGAGGGGUUGCAAGGAGCCUCCUCUAAAAGUACCCCCAUCUUUAUCAGCCUGGGUGAUGAUGGUCUCACUGUGGAGGAGACCCUUCAGGACAGGGAUAUGUCUAUGUGGUAUUGCUGUAGUCGCAGCAGCUUGAUAAAUGUAGAAGCUCGAACCCUAGAUGCUACAUCAGUGGCACGGAGAUGUGUCCUAGUUCGGCUGUCAGAGCUAACCCCAGAGAACUACCAUUGGUUAGUUGGGCAGGGAGCAGCAGCCCUACUGGUGUUGCUUCCAUCAAAUCUGACAUCCCUGUCUCCUGAACAACGUAAGCUUGUUCAUGAGGUAGAAACAGCCAUGCUAGAGAGUGACACUCAGUUGGGGGUGUAUUUAGCCUACGAGACGCAAGAGCUUUUGGACAUAUAUGUGUCUGUGCGAACAGCAACAAACACAGACUCAGCAACUUCUGCUGCUGCUGCCCUUUUGCGGUCGCUGUCUUCAGAUGGAUAUCAGAUAGUAGUCGGUGGUAGUCAGUCGAAACUAAUGUCAGACAUGUCAAUAGCAAAUAUCCAAGGGAAGCUAAGUGGCUAUGGUGUGGAGGAACAGCUGCCAACAGUAGCAAUUGUGGCUCACUAUGAUGCAUUCGGAGCUGCACCAGAGUUGUCUUGGGGUAGUGACAGCAACGGCUCUGGGGUUGUAAUUCUCCUGGAGUUAGCGCGCAUUCUCUCCCGCCUGUACGCCUCACCUCGCACACAUCCUCGCCUUAACAUAGCCUUCCUACUCUCUGGAGGUGGCUACAUUAACUACCAGGGCUCAAAGAGAUUCCUAGAAGAUCACUUAGAUGCCUCUGAUUCCCCUCUUCUCUCUGAAACCCAUUACACUAUGUGUCUUGAUUCACUUGGUGCUGGAGACAGCAUUAGGAUGCAUGUUUCCAAGAAACCAAAAGAGAACUCUCCAGCACAUAUUUUCUUCCAGGGUCUUGAAGAAAUUGGUACAAAAUCAGGUAUUAAGGUGGAAAUGGUCCACAGGAAAAUCAACCUCCAAGAAGAUACUCAAGCCUGGGAGCAUGAAAAGUACAGCAUGCGCAGAUUGCCUGCUUUCACUGUUUCCAGGCUGCCAGUAAGUAACAAACAUCCAAAAACUGGUGAACGGGGCAGCAUCCUUGACACGCCAGACAGUGUUGAUGUAGAUGCCCUUACUCGCAACACAGCUGUGAUUGCAACUUCUCUUCUUCAACACAUUUAUAACACAUCAGUUGAUGAAAUAUUUUCAGAGGGUUUGGAUGUUACAAGAGAGAGUGUGCAGUCUUGGUUAGACUUGAUGAGCUCCCAGCCAAGAUCUCCACAGCUACUUUCAGGGAAGAAUAACCCACUAGUGUCUACUCUUCACCAAGUACUGUCCAGAUAUACCAAUGAAGCUCGUGUAACCUAUGUAAAGGCAGACAAGAGGGACCCCGAGUGGGCUUUCUACGAUGUAACCAAAACCACCAUGGCUGCCUACGCUGUCAAACCUGCUGCCUUUGAUUUCCUCCUUACCUUGGCCAUUCUAAGUUAUUUAGGAGUGAUUUAUGUGUUCCUACAGUACUUCCCGAAGAUCUAUGUCAUGAUGGCAAGAAUCACCUCUCCACGCAAAUCUAAGGUUCAUUAAUAAGAUUUUGUUGUAAAAUAUGUUGUUAGUGUCAUUAUGCAUUGACUUAAAUGCAAUACAAUGGACUGUAUGUAUGUAUAUCUUAUGUUUAUCUGUGUUUGAUAUUUCUACAAAAUUUGUGUGAAGUUUGAGAGAGAUCUUCUCCCUCAAUUUAUACAUGAAAAUUUC